AUGAAGCAUGUGGACCCAUGGAAAUUGAUUCCGCCUUGAAUACAGUCCAGACUCUCAAAAAUGAACUCCAGGAUGCAAAGAUGGCAGCUAUAGAUGGGCAGUUGAAGCCCCUUCCAGGAGAAACGCUUGAAAAAUGUGCCCAGGACCUGGGAAGCACAUCAAAGGCGGUCGGUUCCUCCAUGGCUCAGCUGCUGACGUGUGCGGCCCAAGGCAAUGAGCAUUAUACAGGGGUUGCGGCCAGGGAGACGGCUCAGGCGCUGAAGACUUUGGCUCAGGCCGCCCGAGGCGUUGCGGCAUCUACCAGCGAUCCAGCUGCGGCACAUGCCAUGUUGGACUCGGCACGGGAUGUCAUGGAGGGCUCCGCCAUGCUUAUCCAAGAAGCCAAGCAAGCCUUGGUGGCUCCUGGGGAUGCUGAAAGCCAGCAGAGAUUGGCUCUGGUGGCCAAAGCUGUAUCCCAUUCACUGAACAACUGUGUGAACUGUCUCCCUGGCCAAAAGGAUGUUGACGUGGCCUUGAAGAGUAUUGGUGAAUCCAGCAAGAAGCUGCUUGUGGAAUCGCUGCCUCCCAGUUCCAAAUCAUUCCAAGAAGCCCAGAGCGAACUCAACCAAGCUGCUGCCGACCUGAACCAGUCGGCUGGGGAAGUGGUCCAUGCCACGCGAGGCCAAAGUGGGGAGCUGGCAGCCGCCUCUGGAAAAUUCAGCGAAGAUUUUGAUGAAUUCCUUGAUGCUGGGAUCGAAAUGGCCGGGCAAGCUCAGACAAAAGAGGACCAGAUUCAAGUUAUUGGGAACCUAAAGAACAUCUCCAUGGCUUCCAGCAAGCUGCUCUUGGCUGCCAAAUCUCUCUCAGUGGACCCAGGUGCUCCCAAUGCCAAGAAUCUCCUGGCAGCUGCGGCAAGGGCCGUGACUGAGAGCAUAAACCAGCUCAUCACUUUGUGUACUCAGCAAGCCCCUGGCCAGAAAGAGUGUGACAAUGCCCUCCGGGAGCUGGAGACAGUGAAAGAGAUGCUUGAAAACCCCAAUGAACCUGUGAGUGACCUGUCCUAUUUUGACUGCAUCGAAGGCGUCAUGGAAAACUCAAAGGUCCUUGGGGAAGCCAUGGCUGGGAUUUCUCAGAAUGCCAAAACAGGUGACCUUCCCGUCUUCGGUGAGUGUGUCGGAGUGGCUUCGAAGGCUCUUUGCGGUCUCACUGAAGCAGCAGCCCAGGCCGCUUACUUGGUUGGCAUCUCGGACCCCAACAGCCAGGCAGGUCAGCAGGGUCUUGUGGAUCCGAUCCAGUUCGCCAGAGCCAACCAAGCCAUCCAAAUGGCCUGCCAGAACCUGGUGGACCCAGCAAGUAGCCCAUCGCAGGUCUUAUCAGCAGCCACCAUUGUGGCCAAGCAUACUUCUGCCCUGUGCAACGCUUGCCGCAUUGCUUCGUCCAAGACCACCAACCCGGUGGCAAAGAGGCAUUUUGUCCAGUCCGCCAAAGAGGUGGCAAACAGCACGGCCAACCUGGUAAAAACCAUCAAGGCCUUGGACGGCGACUUCUCAGAAGACAACCGAAACAAGUGCCGGAUUGCAACAGCUCCGCUGAUCGAAGCUGUGGAAAACCUAACUGCUUUUGCAUCAAACCCUGAAUUUGUCAGUAUACCAGCCCAGAUCAGCACUGAGGGUUCCCAUGCUCAGGAGCCCAUCCUGACAUCGGCUCGGACCAUGCUGGAGAGUUCGUCCUCCCUGAUCAAAACGGCUCGCUCUCUGGCCAUCAACCCCAAGGACCCCUCAACUUGGUCUGUCCUCGCUGGACAUUCGCACACUGUCUCCGAGUCUAUCAAGAGCCUCAUCACUUCCAUCAGAGACAAGGCUCCCGGUCAGAGGGAAUGUGACCACUCCAUUGAUGGGAUUAACAAAUGCAUCAGAGACAUUGAACAGGCCUCUCUGGCUGCCGUCAGUCAAAAUCUAGCCACAAGGGAUGACAUUUCUGUUGAGGCCUUGCAAGAGCAGCUGACCUCCGUGGUCCAAGAAAUUGGGCACCUGAUCGAUCCCAUCGCCACAGCUGCUCGAGGGGAAGCCGCUCAGCUGGGACACAAGGUGACUCAACUAGCCAGCUACUUUGAACCACUGGUUCUUGCUGCCGUUGGCGUGGUCUCCAAGCUGUUGAGCCACCAGCAGCAAAUGAACUUGUUGGACCAGACCAAGACGCUAGCUGAGUCGGCUCUUCAGAUGCUCUAUGCAGCCAAAGAAGGUGGAGGAAACCCCAAGGCUUCACAUACUCAUGAUGCCAUCACAGAAGCCGCCCAGUUGAUGAAGGAAGCAGUAGAUGAUAUUAUGGUUACUUUGAAUGAAGCCGCCAGUGAAGUGGGCAUGGUGGGCAACAUGGUGGACUCCAUCGCUGAAGCCAUGAGCAAGCUGGAUGAAGGCACUCCGCCGGAGCCCAAAGGGUCCUUUGUUGACUAUCAGACCACGGUAGUCAAAUACUCCAAAGCGAUUGCAGUAACAGCCCAAGAGAUGAUGACAAAGGCGGUCACUAACCCAGAGGACUUAGGAGGACUCGCGUCACAGAUGACCACCGACUAUGGGCAUUUGGCUUUCCAAGGACGAAUGGCGGCUGCUACAGCCGAACCAGAAGAGAUAGGCUUCCAGAUCAGGACACGGGUUCAAGAACUUGGACACAGCUGUAUCUUCCUGGUCCAGAAGGCCGGUGCAUUACAGAUCUGUCCAACAGACAGCUACACCAAACGGGAACUGAUCGAAUGUGCAAGAGCGGUCAGUGAGAAGGUGUCACUGGUGCUGUCAGCUCUUCAGGCAGGGAACAAAGGCACCCAGGCGUGCAUUACAGCAGCCAGCGCCGUGUCCGGCAUCAUUGCCGAUCUGGACACCACCAUCAUGUUUGCCACGGCCGGAACACUGAACGCCGAGAACAACGAAUCCUUUGCUGACCACAGGGAAAAUAUUCUGAAGACAGCAAAGGCUCUGGUUGAAGACACAAAGCUCUUGGUCUCUGGCGCGGCUUCCAGCCAAGAGAAGCUGGCGCAGGCCGCUCAGUCGUCAGCAAGCACCAUCACGCAGCUGGCGGAGGUGGUCAAACUCGGGGCAGCCAGUCUGGGAUCCGACGACCCUGAAACUCAGGUUGUGCUGAUCAAUGCCAUUAAGGAUGUCGCAAAGGCCUUGUCCGAUCUUAUUGGCGCAACCAAAGGAGCGGCCAGCAAACCUGCAGAUGAUCCAUCCAUGUACCAGCUCAAAGGGGCUGCCAAGGUGAUGGUCACCAAUGUCACAUCGCUUCUGAAAACGGUGAAAGCAGUGGAAGAUGAGGCAACGCGGGGAACAAGAGCACUGGAAGCCACAAUCGAAUACAUAAAACAGGAGCUCACGGUGUUUCAGUCAAAGGAGGUCCCUGAAAAGACUUCAUCACCCGAAGAGUCGAUCCGGAUGACGAAAGGCAUCACCAUGGCGACGGCCAAAGCCGUGGCGGCCGGGAACUCAUGCCGGCAGGAGGAUGUGAUCGCCACAGCCAACCUGAGCCGCAAAGCCGUGGCCGACAUGCUGACAGCUUGCAAGCAAGCGUCAUACCACCAUGAUGUCAGCGAAGAGGUCCGGGCGAGAGCCCUGCGCUACGGGACAGAGUGCACCCUGGGAUACCUCGAACUCUUGGAACACGUCCUCGCGAUUCUCCAAAAGCCGACCCCAGAGCUGAAGCAUCAGUUGGCUGCUUUGUCAAAGAGGGUCGCAAGUGCCGUCACGGAGCUCAUCCAGUCGGCUGAAGCCAUGAAAGGCACAGAAUGGGUCGAUCCAGAGGACCCCACUGUGAUCGCCGAGACGGAGUUACUGGGGGCGGCCGCAUCCAUCGAAGCCGCAGCAAAGAAGCUGGAACAGCUGAAACCCCGAGCCAAGCCCAAGCAGGCAGAUGAGACGCUGGACUUUGAAGAACAAAUCCUCGAAGCUGCCAAGUCCAUUGCGGCUGCCACCAGUGCCCUGGUCAAGUCCGCCUCGGCCGCUCAGAGGGAGCUGGUUGCCCAAGGCAAGGUUGGUGCCAUCCCUGCAAAUGCAGCCGAUGAUGGUCAGUGGUCUCAGGGACUAAUUUCUGCUGCCCGAAUGGUGGCAGCUGCAACCAGCAGCUUAUGUGAAGCAGCCAAUGCUUCGGUCCAAGGCCAUGCCAGCGAGGAGAAGCUGAUCUCCUCCGCCAAGCAAGUGGCGGCUUCCACGGCACAGUUGUUGGUGGCUUGUAAAGUGAAAGCAGAUCAGGAUUCGGAGGCCAUGCGCAGGCUGCAGGCCGCGGGCAAUGCUGUGAAACGUGCAUCGGAUAAUCUUGUUAGGGCAGCCCAGAAAGCAGCUUUCGGGAAGGCUGAUGACGACGAUGUGGUGGUGAAGACCAAGUUCGUGGGAGGCAUCGCCCAGAUCAUCGCCGCGCAGGAGGAGAUGCUGAAGAAGGAACGGGAGCUGGAAGAAGCCAGGAAAAAACUGGCCCAGAUCCGCCAGCAACAGUACAAGUUCCUACCUACUGAAUUACGGGAAGAUGAAGGCUAAGGUUCUUCUGUGCCAGAUUUGGCGUGAAACAAAUUUAGAGAGGGGAGAAUGUUGGGGGCAGGCGGCGGAGAGAGGAACUCUACCCAGCACUUGCCAAAAUGAUUUUUUCCCGAGGGCGAGAGGAGGCAACCGUGCGACCAAGGGCUGGUUCUUUCUCGAACGGCAGUGCAUUAUGGUCUCCCCUGCCCUUGUUUGCUGUAUCUCAGGACCACGCAAGAGACAGAGCGAGAGAGAAAGAGAAAGGUCUCCCUUCUUCUUUUUUUUACAAAAGGGGUUAUAAAGUCAGUAUUACUAUCAUAACCUGAAGUUUUGACCUAUUUAUUAUUCUCUUUGACCUGUGUUGAGGACUUUGUCGGUAUUAUAAUACAUAGGAAAACAGUGUUUAAAAGCAAAAAAAGAAAAACUUCGUGUUGCAAAAUAAGCUAUCCAGGUGGAACUGGUGGUUUCUCUUCUUUCUUGUUCUUGGGGUUUUUUAAAGUGUUAUUUUCCCCUUCUCUUUCCAAGACCAAGGCUUGAGGCAGCUGCAAUGUUUGAGAGAAACUGGACCUAUGAAUGUGUUGGACCUUCCCGGCGAAGGAGGGAAAGGAGACCUCUUCUCCAGCCUCCCGGGGCUGGGUCACUCCAAAAUAAAAAACAUAACAUGAAGGAACUCUUCUCCGUACCUGUUUGCACUAUAAGUAUUUGCUUCGGCACAUUGUCGGACAUGCGCCUGCUCUUGUACUGUACAGUGUUUUUCUCUUCCUCCAAGGAGGGGAGAUCUGGAUUCUAGCCCUCCCCCCCCAAAUUUUUAAGAUAGUCAUCCUUUUAGAGAGAUGAAAUGGCCCGAGGGAGACAAAUCUAUGUGCUUUACAAGUCCAGAGUAACCAAUUUGUGAAGGAAAACACCCUUUGAUUUCUAUAAAUAUAUAUACGUAUACACAUAUACCUCUUGCUUAGAUGAUACAAUACACAACUUCUCAACAUGAAACUCAACAAGUUUUAUCCCUCAUUUUCAUGACAAAUGGUGUAUACUGUAGGAUUUGAGUGGACUCUAGCCCAAGAUGGUUUGCAUUACAGAGGAUGCUUAGUGGUUCCUAAAUUUUGGUCUUCUAGAUGUUCUGGACUUCAUCUUCCAGAAUUCCUGACUUUUGGCCAAGCUGCCAUAAGUUUGGGAAUCAUUAUUUUAAAGCAGUGGUUCCCAAACUUUGGUUUUCCAGAUGUUUUGGACUUCAUCUCCCAGAAUCUUUGACUGCUGGCCAAGCUGACUGAGGCAUCUAUAAAUUGAGGUUGAAAACACCUGGAGGAGCAAGGUUUGGGAAUCAUUACUUUAACGCCUAUGCUUUUGCCCCCACAUGCCCUCAUGGGGAACAUUUUUGUUACAUUUAGGCCUUCCUAAGACAAUUUAGACCCAGGACAAGCCUUUUCUUGAAAUGGGAUAUGAACCAAAAGUGAGUUUAGCUCACUUUGUCUUGUUCAAAGAUACCUCUCCUAAGCCUGAAACAGUUGGAGUGGGGGCUAGAAGCAUGGCAAAAAUGCCCCCACUCUUCCUAAAGGGAAUUUGGGAGAAAAACAUUUAUUUUUUUGCAAGGGUGCAAUAGGAGGGUUCACCCAUCCAAAGCCCCCCCCCCCCAGCCUUCCAUCAUUUCUCAUCACUGCUGCCAUGUUGAGGAUGAAGUGAGUUUGUUUUCUGCUAUUCUGAAGACUAGGGCCCAGAGCAAUGGACUCAAGCUACAGGAGAAGAGAUUUCACCUAAAUAUUAGGAAGAGCUGUUGGACAGUGGAAGAAGCUGCCUUGGAAGGUAGGAGUGUCUCCUUCUUUGGAGGUUUUUCAACAGAGGCUGGAUAGCCCACUGUUACAUGGAGGAC